AAAUGGAAAGGGGCUCCUCCUGGAGUUACCAAUUCUGCUGGUGUUUAUGGUAAUCCUUAUGCCAACGAACAACCAAUUGUUGUGGUCACAGCUGCCAACAUGGCUCAACACCUGGCCAAACUAUCACCUGGUCAACAAGCACUCCUAAAAAAGUACCCUGACUACAAGAUGAAUGUUUACCCAUCUCACCGCGAUUUUGCGACUGAAGGGGACUGCAAAUACACCAAAACUAACGCCACCUCUGGCGAACUGACCGAUGGUGGCGAAGGUGUUACGGGUGUUGUUCAAGGUGGCGCGCCCUUCCCAUUCCCCAAAAACGGGCUAGAAGCCGUAUGGAAUACCAAGUUUGGUGUGUUUGGGCUAACCACUGGUGAACACGCCAUUCAAGAUUCUGCCGCUGUGCAGCCUUCGGGCGCAAUUGCCAAAGGUAAAGAAGAUUACCGUUUGGGCUUUGCGGUAAACAUGACUGCAACAACGACAACUCAAUCAAGCACCAAACUUGAUACCCCAAAAUUGUACGAUGACUAUUUGCGUCAAAAAUCAAUUGUCAUGCCUAAGUUUCAAGGCAAAGCUCUAGAGGCUUAUGUUGACAUCAUGUCUUAUGAGACCGAUCGUAUGAUCGAAGACAAACUCGGUGACGAAGUUUCAAUGCGCCAAUUACUUGACCACGCUGCAGAAAAUCAAUACGGAAUUCCUGCCUUUAACGUCAAUAACUUAGAACAGGUUCAAGCUAUUAUGGCCGCCGCAGAUGAAGUAGGCGCUCCUGUCAUUAUGCAGGCUUCCGCAGGUGCUCGUAAAUAUGCAGGCGAACAGUUUCUCAAAUUAUUAAUUGAAGCUGCCGUUCAAUCCUACCCUCAUAUUCCGGUUGUGAUGCAUCAAGAUCACGGACAGUCUCCCGCUAUUUGUAAAGGUGCGAUUGAUUUAUCGUUUACCUCAGUCAUGAUGGAUGGCUCCUUAGAGGAAGACGGCAAAACCAUCGCCUCUUAUGACUAUAAUGUUGAAGUAACACGAAAAGUUGUUGAUAUGGCUCACCAAGUUGGUGUCACGGUUGAAGGUGAGUUAGGUUGCUUAGGUUCCCUAGAAACGAUGAAAGGCGACAAAGAGGAUGGUCACGGCACUGACGCUACCAUGACUCGCGAUCAACUCCUAACAGACCCAGACCAAGCUGCUGAUUUUGUUAAUAAAACACAAGUUGAUGCUUUGGCGAUUGCCAUUGGUACUAGCCAUGGUGCUUACAAGUUUAGCCGUAAGCCAACAGGAGAUAUUUUAGCGAUUGACCGCAUUAAAGCCAUUCAUCACCGUAUCCCUAAAACCCAUUUAGUCAUGCACGGCUCUUCAUCCGUACCACAAGACUUAUUGGCCAUUAUUCGCCAGUUUGGCGGUAAUAUGAAAGAAACGUAUGGGGUUCCUGUUGAGGAGAUUCAAGAAGCGAUUAAAUAUGGUGUUCGUAAGAUUAACAUCGAUACCGAUAUUCGCCUAGCCAUGACCGCAGCCAUCCGCCAAUUUUUUGCAGAGCACCCAGAAAAAUUUGACCCACGUGAAUACCUAAAACCAGCGCGUGAAGCAGCAAAAAACAUUUGUAAACAACGUUAUCUUGAGUUUGGUUGCGAGGGGCAGGGUCCAAAAAUCAAACCUGUCACUUUAAAUGAAAUGGCUCGACUCUAUGCCAGUGAGCUCAUUCAGAAGCUCUCACCAGCGCCUUUAAAACCAAUUAAAGUAGCCACCCGAAAAGACGUAUCCAAUCAAGGAUUUGUUCUAAUCACCUUGGUCGCUAUACUGCUAGCGUUGAUUUUAGUGUUUGUGUUUACCUAUAUCACCAUCAGUGCUAGUACGCCAUCGAUUGCAAGUAUUACAGAAUACCGUCCUAAAGCACCGUUACGAGUUUAUACUGCUGACGGCUACUUGAUUGGCGAGUUUGGGCAUGAGCGUCGUAGCUUAGUCAAAAUCAACGAAAUCCCCAAAAAUCUACAAAAUGCCUUUAUUGCUAUUGAAGAUGCUCGUUUCUACGAACAUGAAGGAGUAGAUCCAAUUGGUGUUGCUCGUGCUUUGAUGUCAAAUGCCACAGGCGGUAACAAACAAGGUGCAUCUACCAUUACCAUGCAGGUCGUUCGGAACGUUUUUUUAACGCCUGAAAAAACCCUAAAACGCAAAAUCACCGAAGCCAUGAUGGCUUAUCGCUUAGAACAAGCGAUGACCAAACAACAAAUUAUUGAACUUUACCUUAAUCAAAUUUAUUUAGGUCAGCGCGCUUAUGGUGUUGGUGCAGCCGCAAGGACUUAUUACAGCAAAAGUCUCAAAGACUUAACUUUAUCUGAAUCUGCCAUGUUGGCUGUGAUGUAUGAAAAGUACGGUAAAGCGACCUAUGAAAUGGGGCUUAGCGCAUACACGACCGUCAUGAAAGACGAGCAAGAACAGGCCAGUAGAGUUCAGCGACGUGCCAUGAUGGCAUUUGACCGUUCCAGAGGUUACCGUGGGCCUGAAGGUUUUGUUGAGCUUAGUAAAAAUGAUAAAGAAAAUGAACAAAAAAUUGAUGAAGCAUUUGUCGAUCACCCUGAUUCUGGCGAAUUAUUAACUGGCGUUGUAUUAGAAGCUAGUCCUAGCGAAGUUAAAGCACAAACAAGUAGCAAUGGCAUCGUUAAAGUAAAAGGCGCAGGCCUACGUUUUGCCUUAUCGGGUUUGGUGGCAUCGGCUCAACCAAAAGUUAAGAUCAAAAAGGGCUCAAUUAUUCGGUUGAAAACAACAACCGAUGAUGACGGUAAAAAUCCUUGGUAUGAAAUUAGUCAGAUUCCGUUAGUCCAAUCUGGGAUUAUCGGCAUGAACUACACAACAGGUGCCAUUAAGGCUAUGGUAGGAGGAUUUGAUUUUGAUAUUCAACCUUUUAACAACACAACCCAAGCUUGGCGUCAACCUGGAUCAGCUAUCAAACCAAUGAUUUAUUCAGCUGCAUUAGAACACGGCAUGACACCAGCGACCAUUUAUCUCACGCGUUUUGGCUUGGAUGCAAAAAGGCAUCCUGCUUAUUUGACGACUGCAUUAGGUGCAGGUUCUGCAACAGUACUACAAAUGGCUAGUGCAUUUGCCGUUUUUGCAUCAGGUGGUAAUCGAGUCAAACCUUAUAUUAUUGAAAGAAUUAUUGAUCCGUAUGGCAAAGUGCUUAUGCAACACGAAGCUGAAGCACCCGUACAAGUCAUUGACCCUAGAAAUGCUUUUAUCAUAGACAGCAUGAUGCGUGAUGUUGUUCGUCUUGGAACUGCUAAACGUGCGCUAGCCUUAGGCCGUAGCGAUGUCGCAGGCAAAACUGGAACCACCAAUGACGAAUACGAUGCGUGGUUUGUUGGUUAUGCAGGUAACGUCGUGGCGGCGACAUGGGUGGGAUACUCAACGCCUCAGCCGCUUGGUCGAGGCGAAACAGGGGGAGCGUUAGCAUUACCGAUUUGGAUCAACUACAUGCGUUACGCUGUCAAGGAUGAUCCCGUGCGCAAAAUUACGGUUCCCGCUGGAAUCGUUAAAUACGCUGGCGAUUACGCCUAUGCUGAAGGUGUGGGUGCCACGAUUAAAGCGGUGGGUGUUAACGCUGGCUGGCAUGGUGGCCGAUUCAAUGACGACGAUUCAGCCAUCAAAAAAACGAAGAAGCCUCGAAUUGUUCGUAAGCAAGAAGACGAUGGUGAUGAUGCGCCAGCGCCAAGGCGGAGGGCUCGAAGAAACGAUGAUGAAAACGAUGCAUCUCCAGCUGCACACAGUGCUCCAGAGGCACCGUCAGCAGACUCUGGUGAAAGAAGCAAAGCCCUAGAAAUGUUUAAGGACACACAAAGUGAA